AUGACGCUGAUGCUGAUCUCAUAUGGUAAAAUGGCUGGGACCUCCGGCGAGCAGCAGGACUUCAACCGAACUGGACUGACCGUGUGCCGUCACAGGGCAUGUUACACGGGGCAACGAGUUUCAAGGGUCCCAAGCGGUUUGGCCGGGGUUGUGGGUAUCGAGUGCACGAGCCUCGAUCUGUCCUUCAACGAGCUAAUUUCGGUAUCGGGUGUCAAGGAAUUCGUACACCUGCAGGAACUCGUGCUGGACAACAAUGAGCUCCGCGACUUGAGAACCUUACCUGAAAUACCGACCCUCACGACUCUAAGCCUCAACAAUAACAAAAUCCAGGACAUAGAUACCGCACUCGACCGGAUCGGCCAGUGCUGCCCACGCAUAAGCUACGUCAGCCUACUGGGUAACCCUGGCUGCCCGGACCAGCUGACAGCACCGAGUAAAAACGACGAGGACGACUACGAGCGUUACCGAUUGUACGCCAUCCACGUGCUUCCGGGCACCCUUCGAUUUUUAGACUCGCGGGCGAUCGGCGAAACAGAGCGAGCCGAAGCUCAACGUAGGGGUAGAUUCUUGAAGACGGUGAGGCCAAAAUUGCUUGAUGACCAGCUAGGAGGGAACUGCUACAGAAAACCAGCCAGUAACGAGUUUGACGAGGCCUCGUUUUACGUUAAUUACACGCCUCUGCCGACCACAGUCAGAGGCCCCCAGGAUCAUAAAGGUGCGUAUGGAAAAUGCAGGUAUCGCUAUUCGGGGAAAAAUUCUGAAGGCAACAGAUUCAUUUCCAACAACGACCUGUGA